AUGGCACCGCCAGCGGACAACAACGGUGGAUGCCCCGAGCAAGUGGACACUAUUCUCUUUGUGGACGUGGAUGGUGUUUUGAACGUUGGCAUCCAGGAUAGUGGAAACGCACCAAUUUUGCUCAAGACGGACGAGCUUAACCUGGCGCGAGAUCUUUGCGCAGCUGGCUACGCAGGUCGAGAUGCUGAAACCGCACGGCGAAUCUGUGCCCUAGCUUCCCACUCGGCGGAUCACGCCGGGGGCAUCACGUACGAAGCGUUGGCGAGCCAGGAUCACCUCUCCAAGGUAUUGCUCGGACGCCUUGCGCUCCUCAUCCAGGAGGCCGGCAGCCAGUGCCACGUGGUACUUUCAUCCAGCUGGCGGAAGAAGCAACAUGCAGGGAAACGCAAGGUGCUUCCUGCCAAUCUGAAGUUGACCAAUCUGGCAGAUUGCCUGACCAACUAA